AUGAAGCUCCACACUGUCAAAAACCUCCUCCCUCUCCUCCUCUCCCUCACCCUCUCGAACACAGCGGCAUCCGCUCAAACAACAGCAUCUACAUUCAUGACCUCGCUCUCCCCCUCAACCACCACAUUCUCCUCCUUUACCUCCUCCUCAACAUCAACACCAACAUCCUCUCCCCGCCCCAUCUACGCCAUCGCGCACCGCGUCCUCACCACCGAUUCCCUAAACGCAGCCCUCUCGCACGGCGCCAACGCCCUCGAAAUCGACCUCACAGCCCACAAAUACGGCUGGUACGCCGACCACGACAACACGCUCUGCAGCGCCCGCUCGACCGCCUCAAACCUCUUCACCGCCAUCGCCUCCGCCAGCUCCAGCUCAAACAUCUCCUUCGUGUGGCUGGACAUCAAGAAUCCCGACGAAUGUGACCCCUCCCGGGCCUGUUCCAUCGAAGCGUUACGGGACCUUGCGAGGGAGUUGUUACUUGAGAACGGCAUCGCCGUGCUGUAUGGGUUUUAUGCGCAGGAGAGUAGCAGGGGGUUCAGUGUUAUUAGCGCGGAGUUGAAAGAGAGGGAGGCGGUUGUGUUGAGUGGGAGGGUUGGGGAUGUGAAGGGGUGGUUUGAGGGACUUGAUACGAAUGUGGAUGCGAAGCAGAGGGUUAUGGAUUACGGGGCUGUGGAUUUGACGGAGGAGGGGUUUGGGUCUUGUGAUGACGAUGACGAUGACGAUGAGGGGGUCUGCUCUGUCUUGAAACAGGGCAGUCAAGCUCGUGAAGGCGGACAGAUUGGGUCCGUGAUGUCCUGGACGACAGAUGAGGGGGAGGGCUGGAUGGUGAAGAAGAUGCUCGGCGAGGCCGGUGUGGAUGGAAUCAUUUAUGGACUCAGUAGUGGGGAGUACGCGGAUGAGGAGAGUGUGUUGGCGGCGUAUUUGGAUAUCGAGGAUUAUGUGCAACAACAUCCGGGUCAGAUGAGGAUGGCGACGGGGGAGGAUGUUCCUUGGUGA